GAUACGAAGCAGAAAGAUAAAUAAAAAGGCUUUCUAUUCCAAAAAAGAGCCGUAAAUGGCUUUCCGAUUUCCAAUUUCUUCACAAAAAGUGCCAUAAAAUUAGUUUUAAAAGAAGGAGAAAUGUAAAAUAUCCGCAUAGAAAGAUACUACAUCACCUUGGGUACACACCUACUGCGGAAAAUGUGGAGAUUAAACCUCUAUUUGUCUGUAGUAGCGUGGAAAAUUGCCUGCUAUUCCCUCUUCGGUAUCCUCCUCACGUGGAAUUUCCUUCAAAAUCUCAAUAUUUUCCCGGUGGAAAUUAAAAAUGAGUACGAGUACAUAAUUGUUGGAACUGGAGUUGGAGGAGCAACAGUUGCAGCUGGGAUUGCAAGUGAGGACGUUCUGGUUUUGGAGGCUGGCAUGGAAGCUCCAUUCUUUAUGGAUAUCCCUGUGCUGGGUCCUAUGCUGCAGAAUAGCCCCUACGAAUGGAACUACUACACGAUGCCUCAAGAAAAAGCCGCAAAAGCAAUGAAAAAUCAUCAACUACACUGCCCUCAGGGAAAAGUUUUCGGUGGUAGUCACAUGUUGAACAAUUUGUUGUACCUUCGUGGUCAUCCUGAGGACUACAGGGUGUACGUGGAGGGAGAUUAUGACUUUCAUCGGGAUAUUGAGGAAUAUUUUGAUAGAUUUGAAGCGGAUUUGCAGCCGCAGAAGUUGAAAUUUCACACAAAACUCGCGGAUGCUUUUGCAGAAGUUGGCCAGGAGAUUGAUGGAGGUUCCUUUGGAAGUCCUCAUGUUACACAGAGCAAUGGAAUGCGCUUCACAAUGGCAAAAUUCUAUCAGAAACUCACGAGAGAGGGCAAAAGGGAAGGACAUCAAUUGAUUUUGGGUGCUCUGGUAACCCGGGUGACCUUUGAGGAGCCCCAGAUGCGUGCCAAUGGGGUGGAAUUCAUAAAAUCCAACCAACGGUACACAGCGAAAGCCCGGAAAGGGGUUAUUCUCGCAGCUGGUGCCAUUGGAAGUCCCAAAAUUCUCCUCCAAUCCGGUAUUGGUCCCACUGAGCAUCUCCAAGACGUUGGAAUACCCGUGAGAAGCAAUCUUCCCGUUGGGGAGAAUCUCAUGGAUCACGUGACAACGGGAUACAACCUCGUGCUCCUCAAUGAGAGCCUCCACAUGGAUAUUUUUGACAUUCUCUCACCACAAAGCCUCUAUUCCUACAUCUUUCACGCCGAAGGUCCUCUCACGAUGGCCGGGUGUGAAUCCACAGCUAUUCUUCCUGCUCCACCUGGUGAGCUUCCAAACCUCCAAUUUAUGGUACUUCCCGUGGGCGUAACACAAGACUACGGAGCUCAUUUGCGUGCAAUAACCAACAUAGACGACACAGCAUGGCGAGGAUACUUUGAAAAGAUGCUGGGAAUGUCCUCUGUGACAAUUCUACCAACUCUUCUUCAUCCCAAGAGUCGUGGUUUCAUCCAGCUACGCGAUAGCAAUCCCACAAGUCCUCCAAUUAUCAAUCCCAAGUACCUAAGUCACCCAGAUGACGCACAAAUCCUCAUUCAGGGCAUCCGGACGCUCCAAGAACUCCUUUCAACGGAAGCAAUGAAGAAAAUUGGUGCAGAAAUUAAUCCUCUUCUCUUUCCCGGCUGUGAAUCCCAUCAAUGGGAUACCACAGCGUACUGGAAGUGCUACGUUGAGCACGUAACCCUUAGCGCCUUCCACACAGCUGGGACGUGUAGUAUGGGCAGUGUAGUUGAGAAGGAUUUUCGUGUGCGAAAUGUGGAGAAACUCUUCGUUGUUGAUGCUUCUGUGAUGCCCACACUGCCUAGUGCUAAUCCCAUAGCCACCAUUGGAAUGCUAGCUCAUCGUUUCCUUGCCAUUCAUGGAAUUUCAAAGUACAACGAGAAGAAUUGAGAAAACUUCCUUAAAAAUUCCAUUCAAAGGGUGCUUAUCUGGCGAAUAUUUAGGCAUUCUUACCAACCGAAUAAUUAAAAUUGAAUUGUUAAAUAUUCCUGUUUAGCCAAAAUUUUCUAUGAAAGAUUUUUUUUGUAAAUUUGAGCAACAUUUGAAUUGAAAGUUUUUGUAAAAUAAAAUGUAAAAUAAAUUUAUAAUUAAAAAAAAAA